AUGGCUAACCGAGACAGAACCAUCCCCGUUACCACAACACAUCCUUCUACCGCUCCAGUCCCCAAUCAUCCUACUAACAGGGCAACAACGCCCUCGACACACACCCGCACUCGCCGACUCACACAACCUCCCCUAUCAACACACCCUCUCAACCCCUUAACCCUAAAACUCGUCCUCGACCGCUUCGACCGUGCCCUACCCCAGCCGCGAUACGCCGUGACCGGCCAUGCGGCACUUAUGGUAUGGGGGUAUCGACCAGGACAACAACACGGGAGCUUCCUAUGGUGUGAUGCCCCUGGCGAGGGCGCGGGGGAAGAGGGUGUUGGUUUGGGGAUGACGGCACAUGUGAGCAUGCUAUGUCCGGCGGAAGAUUGUGGGGUGAUUCUGUCGUGGGCUAAGGUUGUUGGGUGGGGGGUGCAUCGGGAGGGUGAAGCAACAGAGGAGCAGGGAACAGGGGGGCAGGUGAAGGAGGUGAUCGGUGUGCCUGUUUAUGUCCCCGUUUCUGCUGUUUCUGCUGCUAUGACGACGGCGGUGAUGAAGGAAACGAAGACGACCGCACCCACUCCUGGUGAACGUGGGCCUCUGUUGUUGGGCCCUCACUCGGGGUUGGAAGAGGAGGUCGAGGUGGUUGUUGGCGUCCGGCUGAGGGCCGUGUCGAGUCAGGCGUGGGAAAGUCUAUGGAUUGUACGGCCGUCUGAGAUGAAGGCGCCUUUUAUCGGGUGGGUUGGUGAAAUGGUGCGGACCGAGGCCCGGGUGGUGGCCAUCCCGACAUUAUUAAACGAGUUUGCACGGGCGUGGUACUUUUGUCUCACCAAGGGUAGCGGUACGGGGUCACCGCAGGAGAGGCAUAUCGCUGGGUUGAUCCUUUGGAUCAUGCGGCGGUUGGCUGCGGACGUGAGGAAGCACGGAUAUCGCGCCAGGUGGGUGUUGACGGUGGAGGAAGCCCCCAACUUGGUCUACCCGGGCUUUAGGGAGCCUUUCGUGGCCGAAUACGGUGAGGUGUUACCCCUCUUUGAGGUGGGCGGUAUUUCUCAGUUUGAUCUUCUUGCGUUCACUCAACAACAAGGGAUCGAGAUUUGA